AUGACUGAUGAUCACCUAUUGAAGAAUGGUUUCACAAAAAGUCUAAGUGAAUCAACUUUGUAUGUGAAAGGUGUUAAUGACAAUGUAAUUACUAUCUCUUUGUACGUUGAUGAUCUUUUUGUGAUAGGAAACAAUGAAGAACUAAUGCAACAAUUUAAAGCUCAGAUGAUGAAAGUUUUUGAGAUGACAGACUUGGGAGAGAUGCCAUAUUUUCUUGGCAUAGAAAUCCAACAAUCACAACAAGGUAUUUUCAUUAGCCAACAAAAAUCUGCAAAAGAGGUGUUUAUGAAAUUCAACAUGAAGAAUUGCAGGUCCAUAAGCACGCCACUGAUGCAGAAUGAGAAGUUAAGAAAAGAUGAUAAAGCUGAAAAAGUUAAUGAAAGUUUAUACAGGAGCCUUAUAAGUUGUCUAAUGUAUCUUACUGUAACAAGGCCUGACAUUAUGUUUGCUGUAAGUUUACUAUCCAGAUUUAUGUAUUGUGCAACUGAGGUACACUUUAAAGCUGCCAAAAGAGUACUUAGAUAUGUCAAAGGCACUACUGAUUUUGGUAUCAUGUUUGAGAAGUCAGAAAAGUUGAAUUUUCAUGGGUAUGCUGAUAGUGAUUGUGCAGGAUCUUAUGAUGAUAUGAGAAGUACUUCAGGCUAUGUGUUUAGCUUUGGUUUUGGAUGCUUUUCCUAG